AUGGAUGCUUUCCAAGACACAUCCACUCAAUGGACUCUUGCAGUUGCUGCUGCUGUGCUGUGCGUUCUUUACGUGUUGUCCAAACAGUUUGUGUUCAGGAAAGGCAACCCUCCGCCUGGACCUCGGGGAUGGUGGGGUUUUAUGGAAAUCUUACAAGCUAACCGUGACGACUCUCUGUACGAGGCAGCCUGGGGGUGGGCGGAAAAAUAUGGAGACAUGACGUUCUACACUGUGUUAGGUCAGCCCGUCUGUGUGCUCAACUCGACAGAUAUUGUUCGGAGACUCUUCAGCUCAGACGAGUACAAAAUGCUCACAUCUGACCGUGAGCCGAAUGUGGUUUCCGAAUUUGCAUGGUACAACGGGAAGGAACUUUUCUUCACACCUUAUAAUUCUCAGACUAGACAGAAAAGAACUUUGUUCCACAAGAUGAUGGGAAUCUACGGGGAAGGUGUGGACAAGUUUGAGAGCGUCGUUGGUAAAGAGCUUGACCGCGUUCUGGAGGAGAUGGACAUUGCUAGAGCUACAGGUCAAGACGUACCCAUGUCACAAAUUUUGGCGAAAUCUCUCAAGAUUAUUCUGUACAUCCUGGUGAAUGGCGAUAUGGGUUCAGAGAAAGUGAGCUACGACGUUGUCGAUGUCUUGGAGCGCUACGAUACCGCAGUGAAUCAGAUGCUCGACGUACAGACACUCACAGCGCUCUCUUUUUUCCCGGCGCUACGGAAGUUUGGGAAGUACAAGAAACUUUGCGAUGAGGUUCGAGAGAGUCGCGCUGAUGCUGAGAAAUUUUUAUUUGAGAACAUCAAGUCCACCUACGAGCCAGGGAAGGUCCGAGGUGUGGCUGACGCUCUUUUGCACUUCCAGGGCCAGCCUGGCCAUGAAUGGCUCGACAACGAGCAGAUCAAAGGCUUCCUGGCUUUCUCCUUUUUCGCUGGUCAGUACUCAAGUCGGUUUGCUCACAUGACGUCUCGAUCCAGUCUACUGAACAUAGUGCUGACCUUGACCCACCACCCAGAGAUCGCACGUCGAAUACAGGAGGAGAUCGAGUCUGUGCUCGGGGAUCGAAUACCGCGAGUCGAGGAUCGAAUGAGUAUGCACUAUACGGAGGCCGUGAUUAUUGAGAAUCUCAGAUACGUGUCACAGCUUGCUCUGAGCUCAAUGAGAACUGCUCGCGAGGAUAUUCAUAUCGAUGGCUACGUCAUUCCUAAAGGCACUCAGUUUCCAGUGAACCAGUGGUUCUUCCACCGUGACCCUAAGAUCUGGGAUGACCCCUGGAAGUUCAAGCCCGAGAGAUUCUUGGACGACAAGGGCGUGGUACUACCAGCCAAUCAUCCUGUCCGCAAGAAAGUUCAGGCCUUUGGAAUAGGGAACCGAAUGUGUCCAGGGGAGGCGUUCGCCAGAUCCCGCGUCUUCCUGUUCGUUGUGUCGAUUCUCCAGAAAUUUGACCUCCUUCCUCCGGAGAACGAACCUCUACCAUCCUGUGACCCGAGAGACAACCUGAAGGGCGUUGUGAGACAGGCACCACCGUUCAAGUGCAGACUCCGCAACCGCCUGGACGAAGAGAUCAAGGCUUAG